AUGGCUUCGAAAACCACCCGAGCUGCUACUGCAGCAGUAAGAAGGGCAGCUGCUCGCAUGCGUGCGGCCGGAGAGUGCACUUCUCACACCUUAGCAGCAGGUGAUUCGUCGCCUGUUGUUGCGAAUCGUCCACAUGUUGAGUCACCACGUGCGACCGGUACAUCCGCUGCGUCUGCAGCGGGUACUGCGAAUCGUAAUCCGGACGAGUCUGAAAUAGAGCUCAUCUAUUCUGGCGAGUCGGAUGAUGUAUCCGACUCGAAGGCGACACCUCACGCCUCCGGAUCAUCCAAGGCGGACACUGCAGAGCCAGGUUGA